CGGAGCCGCCGCGGCCGGACCCGAUGCCGGGAGCUGGGCGCUGAGGGCGGCCCCGACAUGGGGGUUCUCAGCAUCACGGACCAGCCCCCUCUGGUCCAAGCCAUCUUCAACCGGGAUGUGGAGGAGGUUCGGUCGCUGCUCAAUCAGAAAGAGAACAUCAAUGUACUGGACCAAGAACGCCGGACCCCACUCCAUGCUGCUGCCUACAUUGGAGAUGUUGCAAUCCUUGAGCUGCUUAUCCUGUCAGGUGCUAAUGUGAAUGCAAAGGACACGGUGUGGCUCACGCCGCUGCACCGCGCCGCAGCCUCUCGCCACGAGAAAGCCCUACACCUGCUCCUCAAGCACUCGGCCGAUGUCAAUGCCCGCGACAAGCACUGGCAGACGCCGCUGCACGUGGCUGCUGCCAACCGGGCCACCAAGUGUGUGGAGGCCCUGGUGCCCCUGCUGAGCACCGUCAACGUGGCCGACCGCACCGGGCGCACGGCGCUGCACCACGCCGUGCACAGCGGCCACCUCGAGAUGGUGAACCUGCUGCUCAACAAAGGUGCCAGCCCCAGCACGUGUGACAAGAAGGACCGGCAGCCCCUGCACUGGGCUGCCUUCCUGGGUCACCUGGAGGUGCUGAAGCUGCUGCUGGCGCGCGGGGCCGACGUGCUGUGCAAGGACAGGAAGGGCUACACGCUGCUGCACACGGCGGCCGCCAGCGGCCAGAUCGAGGUCGUGCGUCACCUCCUCAGGCUGGGGGUCGAGAUCGACGAGCCCAACUCUUUUGGGAACACGGCUCUGCACAUCGCGUGUUACAUGGGGCAGGACGCGGUGGCCAACGAGCUGGUGAACGUGGGAGCCAACGUGAACCAGCCCAACGACAAAGGCUUCACCCCGCUGCACUUCGCCGCCGUCUCCACCAACGGCGCGCUCUGCCUCGAGAUCCUCGUCAACAACGGCGCCGACGUCAACUUCCAGAGCAAGGAAGGGAAGAGCCCCCUGCACAUGGCAGCGAUCCACGGCCGCUUCACGCGCUCGCAGAUCCUCAUCCAGAACGGCAGCGAGAUCGACUGUGCGGAUCGCUUUGGGAACACCCCCCUGCACGUGGCUGCCCGCUACGGCCACGAGCUGCUCAUCAGCACCUUGAUGACCAACGGGGCUGACACGGCCAGGCGUGGUAUCCAUGACAUGUUCCCUCUGCACCUGGCUGUGCUCUUCGGCUUCUCCGACUGCUGCCGCAAGCUGCUCUCCUCAGGGCAGCUGUACAGCAUCGUGUCCUCGCUGAGCAACGAGCACGUUCUGUCAGCCGGCUUCGACAUCAACACCCCCGACAGCCUGGGCAGGACCUGCCUGCACGCCGCUGCCUCCGGAGGGAACGUGGAAUGUCUGAACCUGCUGCUGAGCAGCGGCGCUGACCUGAGGAGGAGAGACAAAUUUGGGAGGACCCCCCUGCACUACGCGGCGGCCAACGGCAGCUACCAGUGCACGGUGACGCUGCUGACGGCCGGGGCUGCGGUCAACGAGCCCGACGGGAAAGGCUGCACGGCCCUGCACUACGCGGCUGCCUCGGACACCUACCGCAGAGCAGAGACUCAUUCAGGAAGCAGUGACGAGGAGCCCCUGAAGGAGUCCAGGCUGAAGGAGGCGUUUUUCUGUUUGGAAUUCCUGCUGGACAACGGUGCUGACCCCUCCCUGCGGGACAAGCAGGGCUACACCGCUGUCCACUACGCGGCUGCCUAUGGAAACAGGCAGAACCUGGAGCUGCUGCUGGAAAUGUCGUUUAACUGCCUGGAGGACGUGGAAAGCACCGUCCCAGUCAGCCCUUUGCACUUAGCUGCCUACAAUGGUCACUGUGAAGCCCUCAAGGCUCUGGCUGAGACCCUGGUGAACCUGGACGUGCGGGACCACAAGGGCCGCACCGCGCUCUACCUGGCCACCGAGCGCGGCUCCAGCGACUGCGUGCAGGUGCUCACCAGCCACGGCGCCUCCGCCCUGGUCAAGGAGAGGAAGAGGAAGUGGACUCCUCUCCACGCUGCAGCCGCAAAUCCCAACACACCCAGGCAGUUUUUGGGGCCAGAGAAUUCCAAACCCCCCAAUUCCCCAACCCUUUCCUGUGGCAGGACCCCACUGAUGCUGGCCAUCAUGAACGGCCACGUGGAUUGUGUCCAUCUGCUGCUGGACAAGGGAUCCACGGCCGACGCUGCGGACAAGAGGGGCCGGACAGCGCUGCACCGGGGGGCCGUGACAGGCUGUGAGGAUUGCUUGGCUGCUCUGCUGGACCACGAUGCCUUCGUCCUGUGCCGGGAUUUCAAGGGCCGGACCCCGAUCCACUUCGCCUCUGCUUGUGGCCACCUGGAGGUGCUGAGGACCCUGCUGCAGGCAGCCCUGUCCACUGACCCCCUGGACUCCGUGGUGGACUACAGUGGCUACUCCCCCAUGCACUGGGCUUCUUACAGUGGGCACGAAGAUUGUCUUGAAUUGUUACUUGAACACAACCCGUUUGCAUACCUUGAAGGAAACCCCUUUACUCCAUUGCACUGUGCAGUAAUUAACAACCAGGACGGCACUGCUGAAAUGCUGGUGGAAGCAUUAGGUGCCAAGAUUGUUAAUAGCAGAGAUGCCAAAGGAAGGACACCCCUUCACGCUGCUGCCUUCGCAGACAACGUCCAUGGUUUACAGCUGCUCCUGCGCCACCAGGCCGAGGUGGACACGGCGGACAAGCUGGGCAGGACCCCCCUGAUGGUGGCUUCAGAGAACGGGCACACGGCAGCAGUGGAGUUCCUGCUGUUCCAAGCUAAAGCAAAUAUAACUGUGCUGGAUGUCAACAAGAACACAGCUCUUCACCUGGCCUGCAGCAAGGGCCAUGAAAAGUGUGCCUUGUUGAUCCUGGGGGAAACCCAAGACCUUGGCCUUAUCAAUGCAAGUAACAGUGCUCUGCAGAUGCCGCUGCACAUCGCGGCACGGAACGGCCUGGCCUCCGUGGUGCAGGCGCUGCUCAGCCGAGGGGCCACCGUGCUGGCUGUGGAUGAAGAAGGCCACACCCCAGCGCUGGCCUGUGCCCCCAACAAGGACGUGGCCGACUGCCUGGCACUUAUCCUCUCCACCAUGAAGCCUUUCCCGCCCAAGGACGCCCUGGGCUCCUUCAGCUUCAACCUCCUCAAGAACUGCGGCAUCGCGGCCAAGGCGUGCGGGGCGCUCCCCAACGGCUCCUCCUGCCCCUACUCGGCCGAGCGCCACAACGCCAUCGGCCUGGACGGCUGCUACUCCGAGUAGUGCCCGCGGGUGACCCCGGAUCUUCUUCUAUUUAUUUAGAGAUUCUAUAAAUAUAGGGCACUUUAAAGGA